GGCCAAUGGGGGCGGGGCGGGGCGGGUCACGUGCCUUUGUUUGGCGCUUUUGUGCGCGGCGGGGCGAGCGGGAGCGGAGAGCUGUCGGCGUUGCGGACGGAGCAGUUGGAGAUCCAGCUGGUUGGAGAUCUCGCGGAGCAGGCUUGUGGUGUCCACCGUCUCGGACAUGGCUACUUCAGACAUUCAGGUGAAAGAGCUUGAAAAGCGUGCCUCUGGCCAGGCAUUUGAGCUGAUACUCAGCCCUCGUUCAAAAGAAGCAGUCCCGGAAUUUCCUCUCUCCCCUCCGAAGAAGAAGGAUGUCUCGCUGGAAGAAAUUCAGAAGAAGUUGGAAGCUGCAGAAGAGAGACGCAAGUCUCAUGAAGCAGAAGUCUUGAAGCAGCUAGCUGAGAAACGAGAGCAUGAAAAAGAGGUGCUUCAGAAAGCAAUUGAAGAAAAUAAUAAUUUCAGCAAAAUGGCAGAAGAGAAGCUGACCCACAAAAUGGAAGCUAACAAAGAAAACCGAGAGGCACAAAUGGCUGCUAAACUGGAGCGCUUGAGGGAGAAAGACAAGCACAUUGAAGAAGUGCGAAAGAACAAAGAAGGCAAAGACCCUGGCGAGGCUGAAACCGACUGACUUGGUUCUGGAACCUGACUCUCCCCCUCCCCUAAAUAUCCAAAGACUGUACUGGCCAGUGGUUUUUCUUUUUUUUUCUGUUAAGUUUCUAGAAAACUGAUGUAGAACUGUAAAGGUAGAUCCAAACUGUACACUUGCUUUGGGGACAAAAGGGGAGACUUUACAUGUUUCACUUUUUUCUAAAGUGUUGUCUUUCCAGUGUAGCUAUCUCGUUGCAUCCUUUUCUACUCCAGGGCACUUGCGCCUGGGUUGACUUCUUUUUUUUUUUUUCUUUUUUUUCCCUAGUACUGUAUCAGCUCUGUAAAACACGUUUGUGAAAGGAAUAUGUAGGAAUACUGUUCCAUGCUGAAUAUCUGUUCCACUUCAAAAUCUGACUCUGUCCCAGUCUUAUAAGAUACUGCUGUAACUGAGUGACUUAAUAAAGCUGCACAGUGCUGUUA